AUGUCCACAGAGAAACCAAUUCCUGAUCUUCCUAUUACUAGUAUUACUAGUCAUGUGGAUUUGGCUGCUCAUGAAGUAAACCUUCAGGCAAUAUCAUCAAACCCUCUUUCUAUUGGUGAAGUUGGUACAACUUUGACAAACGCCCAAAAGGAUUUUAUUCUUAAAAGAUUACAUUAUGAUUCUUUGGUAUCUUUUGACAAGUUACCACCCCAAGCCACAUUUAUAUUUGAAAAAAUUGAACAUAUUUCAAUUGAAGAAGCUUUAAAUAUUUUAGAAAAGGCAGUGGUCGAGCAUGAAAACGAUGUUAAUAUUUUGGACAAAGAUGAAGAGUUGUGGACCAAGUUGAUCAACUAUAAGCAGGGGAAAAUUCCCUCAGAUACUGACUUUUCUGAAAAAGAUCAUCCAUCUAAUGUUUCUGCAAAAGACAAAUUGUCAGCAUUCAUUCAUGAGAAAAGAGUGUCUGAAGAAAGUUCAUCAUUAGACAACAGUGCAAGUGAGAAUCUUAACGAACCUUAUUACAAGAUAGUUGAUUGGGAAUUGCAAGUGAAAUUAGAGGCAGUUUUGAUUGCUUAUUGGUCACCAUAUCCGCAGGUUAGAGGUGUGACUGAUCCUUAUGAUGAUCCAACAAUCCCCGUUGAAACUGUUAGAGUUUAUAUUGUUGCUAUUAUAUGGACUGCCAUUGGUGCUGUUAUUAAUCAAUUUUUUUCUGAAAGACAACCUAGUAUUGGACUUGGGAUGUCGGUUGUUCAAGUGUUUCUUUAUCCAACUGGUUUAAUUUGUGAAUGGAUUUUACCCAAAUGGAAAUUUAAAAUUUGGAAAUAUACCAUAGACUUGAAUCCUGGUCCAUAUACUUUUAAAGAACAAAUGCUUGCCACUAUCUUCUGUGGUGUUUCUUCAGGAACCUCAUAUGUCUCAUCUAACAUUUUGAUGCAAAAAUCAGAAUUGUUCUAUGAUAACAAAUGGGUUGAUUUUGGUUAUCAAGUGUUGUUAACAUUGUCGACAAACUUUCUUGGGUUUGGACUUUCUGGGAUAAUGAGACAAUUUGCCGUUUACCCAGAAAAGGCGAUUUGGCCAUCAAUUUUACCUAAUGUCAGAUUAAACAAAACUUUGAUGUCCCCUGAAGUGAAAUCUAGAAUCAAUGGAUGGAGUAUUUCUGGGUAUAAUUUUUUUUUCAUUACUGCUGGUAUUUCAUUUUUAUAUUUUUGGAUUCCUGACUAUCUUUUCCAAGCUCUUUCUCAAUUCAAUUGGAUGACAUGGAUUAAACCCGACAAUUAUAAUCUUGCUGUUGUGACUGGUUCCUUUGGUGGACUUGGGUUAAAUCCAAUCCCAAGUUUUGAUAUGAAUGUUAUUGGUACUAGUGGAUUUAUUGCUCCAUUUUAUAAUACUUUGGAAAACUAUAUUGGAAUGGUACUUGCACUUUUUUGCAUAUUAGGGGUAUUCUAUUCGAAUUAUAAAUGGACUGGAUAUCUUCCAAUCAACUCAAAUCGUCUUUUCACAAACGAGGGGAAACCUUAUCAUGUUACUGCGGUUGUGAAUUCUGAAUCUUUGUUUGAUGAAGAGAAAUAUAAGGAGGUGGGACCACCUUUUUAUUCUGCUGGGAACUUGGUUGUAUAUGGAGCCUUCUUUGCCAUUUAUCCGUUCCAUUUUGUUUACGAAAUUGCUAUGAAUUAUAAGCAAAUGUGGGAAGCACUUCAGUCGUUAUAUAAGGGUAUUAGAAAUUUCAAAAGAUCUACUUACGAUGGUUUUAAUGAUCCUCAUAGUGUUAUGAUGAGAGCAUACCCAGAAGUCCCCGAAUGGGCAUAUCUUAUUAUUCUUAUUAUUUCUUUGGUAUUGGCCAUAUUAUGUGUCAAAGUAUAUCCUGCUGAAACCCCGGUUUGGGGAAUUUUCUUUGCCUUGGCCAUUAACUUUGUGUUUUUGAUUCCAUUAACAACUGUUCAAUCAAGAACCAUGUUUGGAUUUGGGCUUAAUGUGUUAGUUGAAUUAAUUGUCGGGUAUGCUAUCCCUGGUAAUGGGCUAGCCUUAGCAUUUAUAAAGGCAUUGGGUUAUAACAUUGACGGACAAGCACAGAAUUUCAUUAAUGAUUUGAAACAAGGUCAUUAUGCUAAGCUCCCACCAAGAGCAAUGUACAGAUGUCAAUUGUUGUCUGUAUUUAUUACAUCGUUCAUUCAAUUGGGUAUUCUUAACUAUCAAAUUACUGGGAUAAAAGAUUAUUGUGUUCCUGGGAAUAAGCAAAAAUUCACAUGUCCAGGUACUACAACAUUCUAUAAUGCUUCAGUUUUAUGGGGGGUUAUUGGACCUAAGAAAGUUUUCAAUGGAUUAUAUCCAAUAUUAGCAUGGUGUUUCUUGAUUGGGUUCUUAUUGGCUUUCCCAUGUAUUGCAUUCAAGAAAUGGGCCCCUAAGAAAUACUCGAAAUAUUUUGAACCUUCGAUUAUUAUUGGUGGAUUUUUAGGUUAUGCUCCUUAUAAUUUGUCUUAUAAUACUGGUGGUCUUUAUGUUGGUUAUGCAUUUAUGCACUAUGUUAAAAGAAAGUAUGAAGCUUGGUGGCAGAAAUAUGAUUAUCUUUUAGCUACAGGAAUUGAAGCUGGUAUUGCAUUUUCAUCAAUCAUCAUUUUCUUUGCAGUGUACUAUCAUGAAACAGAUAUUUCCUGGUGGGGUAACAAUGUCCCAUUUGAAGGAUGGGAUGCGACCAUGGCCACUGGGUAUUUGAACGCUACUUUACAGGCAGCCGACGGUUAUUUUGGUCCAAGAGUUGGGCAUUUCCCAUGA